AUGCAAGAAGUCGUUACGCCCGACUGCAGACGUGGGACCACCCUUAUUCUCGCGGGUUUUCUUGUUGUUGGGAUCUUAUGUAAGUGUCUUUACUUAAUUAACAAAGCAUGCUACGAGCACGCAUUGCAGCAAUAGCGCUUUUAUACCGGUAUACAUAACGAAACUGCUUAAAUAACGGACAUUUUAAGCGCAGCAUCUUUAGGGAAAUAUUUCCGUUUGCUGCUUUUUUUACAGGGGAUAAUAAUUGUAAUCUAUUUAUUAAGAAGAUAAAUAGCACUAUGACAGCUCUGGUGCUUGCGAAUUGCUUUAAGGCUCACCGACUCGUUAUUUAUAUCAAAUUUUCUUUUGUUACGUUGUGUUCAUUAAUCCGAAACCGCGCAAGGGCCCUUUGGACACCGUACUUAUCUGCUGUUGACAGAAAUUGGCACUGCGACCUAACGAUAUCGUCAGGAAUGUGUUCUAAACUUUAUGGCGUCAAGGGAAUUUUGAAAUCCACUAAAUCCUUCCAUUGUCUAAUAUUUCCAGGUUGAAACUCUUUUGCAAAGCUAAAUAUGCCUGCAGUCUGAAGUUUGUCGCGCCGAAUAAUUUUUAGUUUGGAUCUCAGCAAAUGGGAGCUUGUAAAGUGAAAUUAAGUAACGAUGAAUUAAGCAAUGUAGCAAUAUUACACUACAAUAACCUCCCUAAGCAACAUCCCGCAAACCGUUUAAUUAUGUGUACUUAUGACUUCGCUGUUAAGAUAGACGUUCCUGCCGCCUACCCAACUCAUUUUAUGCAAAGCAUUCUCAGGAAUUUUAUGCUAAACGAUUUGACAAAUUUGACUGAUUUUGGUCAAGACAGAAAAUUUGCAAACAAAUAAGUAGUUUUGCCAGUCUAGUGUUCGUAGUUUUUAACCUCUUUUUUCUUUAAGUAGAGAUACCAAAUUUUAGUCCUGCCAUAAACUUACAGCAAUAUACCAAUCUAGGCUAGUUAUGCACCAAUUAAAUCAAUUAAACUUUUGAUUACUUCCAGGGUAAGUGUGCGGUGGCUUUGAUGAACGAGCUAAGUGGAAACAGUUUCAUGAAAUUUUAACUAAUUAUAUGAAGGCCGUCUUUAUCGCAUGAAGAUGCAAAUACGGUGCCAAUAGUUGUUCUUUCCGAAAAACCUAAAAUUUUCUAAUCAGUCAACUGAAUAAACGUUGUGCGUUACUGUAUUCCGCAGUCUUUCCUGCCUGUAGAUGUGCACGGGCUAGUUCGGCAGACGUUAUGCGUUGGUUGGGGACAUAAGCAUGUUGAAUACUGGAAAAUGUAAAUUGCAUGCAGACAUUGGGAGAUAUUGUUACUGGACAUCUUCACAUGCUGGCUUAUUUUGGACAUUAAUUCCUAACCAAAAAUAUCUUAUCUGUAUUGAAGCGAGAAAGACGCCUAAAAUGGGUUUCCAAGUCGUAUUAACUUGAAACGGCCAUGCAAGUCAGCGCAUAGGUCACUACAUGCUAAAUUUGAACUGAAUGCUUUACCUAUGUAUUUUGCAUGGAAAUAUGCAUUGGAAACGACGGUUUAGACAGUGAGUUUAUUGGCAUUGUCGGUAUCUUUAUACAGAACGUGACCUAGCUCAUGAAAUCUGAAAACGGAAUCUGAUUGGAGAAUUUUUGGACACCUUUAACGUGGCGCAUUUUGUUUGCUCACCAACAUCCUACAAUGAACUGCCCUAGUCUUGUUCAGAAAUUGUGUUUGCGUAAUAAGUUUAAGUGACAUAUCAGUGAAUUUUAGCGAAAAUUGACGUUGGAUUAUAUUUCUGUAAUUUCCUAUGCUAAUAUGUGUCCUAGACUCCAGUAACGCAUCUAAACGACUUUUUCAUUGAAAAGCUAGUAAUUUAUCCUCGAGGAUUUAAACAAACAGAGUUAGCCGGACUAUAACUUUUUUCAUGUCUGAUAUUGACCAUGGUUAUCAAUCUCCCAACAAAAACGCUAGUCUGAGAAAACCAGAUGUUUUAUCAAUUAAUUUAUGUCAACUUAGUAGAUCUGUGCGAAUUGUUGCCCUAAAGUGCAAUAAUAACGCCGAUAGGGUUUCAUUCGAUUAUGUGGGCUGAAAUUUUUUGCCGUUUGGAAAAGUCUACCUGAUGUCACUUAGAUGACCACCACAUAAUGGCCAUUUGCAGCUUAAAACAUAUGGCACACCACUUUUCUAUUAUUCUAACUCCUGUGCAUACUUUUUUCAGAAAUGGAACGAGCAAAACAUUUUUAGUUUCAUUAAAAUAUCAGUAUUUAUAUGGGCACUCUGUCGUGCUUUCAUAAUCGAAGAACGGAGUCUAAAAGCGAACAAAAACAGUGGAAAUGGCCUCAAUAUAUAGAGAAAGGCAUGUUCUUGCGCUUACGGUAGAACAAUAUUAGUAUUGCUUAGGAAUGUGAAAGAAACCGUCAACAGUGUCAAAUUUUUACUUGGCCUCGCCGUGCUAAAAUGCAAAGUACGCAGAGACCCGUCGACGGAGGGCAGUAAUAAAGCACUUCCUAAAGAGGUAACUUAUAAAGGAAAUUUUUCUUAUUGAUCGAAGGCAUAUUCGCUGAUGACUUUCUUAUUGGACAGACAUCUUUCUCGAAAAUGAAGUUUCAUGUUUGAACGAGUCUUCAAACAUGACUCAAACGACCAUCUUCGUAAAAAGGAGCGCCUGAACACUCAGUAAUUCGGUAAAUGCCUUCAAGAACAAUAUCAUUUUUAAGUUCUCAACAGACAGGUAAUUUAGAAUCUGCCUUUAUGGGCGAUCGGGUGAAAGCACUGGCAAUCAUGAAGUAUUCAGCAAUAUUUCGAGGCCGAUCUGAAACUCAGCGUAAUCAAAAACAAACGAAAAGUGUAAAUUACUUUAACGGAAGAAAAGUGCUCUCGUUAAACACAAAAUGAUAUGUAUACGAUCACGCCUGUCAGCUCUAUUUAAAUUUAUUAGGCAUCGACCGGCUUCAUGGCAUGUCACCUUAUGAAGACUUUUGAUCCUACGACGUCCCCAUCGGCGAAAUCAAGCAAUAUCCAGCUUCUCUUGUUGAACCCCAUCUCAUUUAACCGCAAAUCGUUAAUGAAAUUAUGAAACACUGGAAAACUGUUUUGGAAUCUACACCCAGAAUGUAGGCAGUUGACAAACCGUCAUGUAUGAGGUCACGCUACUUAUUAAACGAUAUGUAGAUGAAAAUUCACUAAAACGCUGUUAUUAGACGUGAUUUUAUGUCUUCUUUUAUAUUUAGUACGUGUUUGGUAUGAGAAUACAUUUUAUGCAUCUGUAAACGAACUUUAUUAGAGCCACUUCUGACGUUUUCGGGAUAUUGCGCUUUUCAAAAUAAAUCGACAUUUUUGAACAACGCAACACUGCCUAUAAUAUUUCUCUUGUGUUUUUAAUUCUUUUAAAUUUAAACUUAAUAAACAUAGACAUUUAACUCAUGAAAUGGUGUCGGUUUGCGAGUGAUUGGUAAUCAUUCGUAAAUUUGGACAUAUUCCAUGAGUGAGGUCACUCAUUGUACUUUUCAUUAUCAUUUUAGGAGACAAUAAUCAAGCAGAUUUUAACGCAUUGUUUGGUAGAAUGGCUUCUUAAAAUGUCGUUCCUGCGACGGUAGGUGUUGCUAAAUGCUAGCCGAAAAUUUUUGAACACUUGCACGGACUUUGUUGUGGAAAAAAGAUCACAGUAUUUAUGUUUUCAAUGCAAUAUUAUGGAAGUACUGAAAUACCAUUUAAGCAAUAACAAAUGCAGCUAUUAACUUAUCUUAAAUGAAGCAUUUUGUACGUAGUUUCGGAAAAUUCAAUGAUUAUAGAUUUACAAAGGUAAGGGAAGCCUCUCUUGACCGGAGUGCUUCUUUUGUUUCAACUCUAUGUAAUUGCCUAUAAAAAAGACAUAAGUGGAUAGUUCAUGUGAAUUGUUUUAUCCGGAAUAUGAUAGGAAUAUUUUUACCGCAUGAAUUCAUUUUAAAACAAAUAUAGCCUACAGGAAUUUUCGACUAAAUAUAAUUAGCUCUGAUUUCAGAAUAGGUUAGAUUAAAGGGUAUCACAUCGUUAUGAACUAAACAACACUGGAGUGUAUCUCCCGUUCGCAGUGGUACAAGCUGACCCACAUAAUAUUUUUUUGUUGAAAGCGCACUGCACAACCUCGGUCUCGGAGUUUCGUAAUAACUGGUGUCUGUCAAAUGCAUUUUGCAGACCAUCGUACUUUACGGACGUUUUUUAUGUUGAACAGCGCUUUUUUCGGAAUUACUAAUGGUCCUUUUGAACCGCUAUAUUCACUGUGGCCUUUGCUGUUGUACUUUUUUCCUUUAACCUGUAGAGUAAUUGCCAAAACACUGCGGAUAAACACCAUCGCACUCUUGCUUUUGUAUCGCUAUUUAUUUCAUCAGCAUUUUAUUUGCCUGACUUACCAGCAGGCGCUUUCUUUGUUCAUACGCCCUCCAGUCUACCCAUCUGACACCUCCUUGGUGCCACGCGCCUAACUGGAUCAUUAGUGACCAUGAAGCUGAUAUGGACUAAGAGGAUAAGUGAAACUUAUUAACUUAAUUUCCCCUAGGUCUCGGAAAGAUCUGGCAAAUUUUGCCCUGCUAUAUUUUAAAUCUACAGAAAGGUCAGAUGUAACUGUUCAAUUCAGUUUGUACUCCUGUGGAUUGCGCCAGUACAAAAGGAUGUAACUCUUAAUUAGUAGAAAUGUACAACAAGAGGUCAUGUGAUCCUAUUUCAAAGGGUUGUAUUCGACGAAAAUAGAGAGCUUAAGAUGUACACAAAGAAUAUUUGAUUCAGGUUAAAGUGGUUUAAGAGGUUUUAAAAGGUGAGACUUGGUGGGGAUCAGUAAACGUCAAAAAAUGUUAACUUCGCAAUUGGCAUAAUAAACUCCCUGAAAAAGCGAACACAUCUAGAUAUUAGGAAUUUACGAACCCUGUAUUAAAAUAGGCGCCAGAUUUAAAUGAUUAAGAAUUUUGCUAUGAAAAAUUUGGCCGCAGUCACAGUUACGACACCCGUUGGUAUUCCAUGCUAAAUCUGGAUGAAGAUUCUGAGCCAUCCUACUUCUCACCAACGUGUAUACGCAUCUUUAGUCCUUGUAAUAAACCAAUCUUAAUGUCCAUUUGUAAACAAACAGCUGCCUGCUGGUGGCCUGUGGAUAUUACGUGAUUAAUCAACCUUGGCUGACAAAGUUCGAUCUGGUUGAUGAAUUCAGUUUUUGGGUCGAACUGAAAGGAGCUUCCUCUGAAGAAUUUGGAGCUCAAAAAUGCACAUCACCCAAAGCUGAAAAUGUGAAUUUUAAACUGAUGAAACACACAUAUACUAGACAACACCCAAGGAACGCAAGGAGGACCUCCUGUGAAUAACACCCCCCUCAGUGCUCCCAUGCAAUGGCACAAAACGAAAAGAGCUUUCUCUGAAGAAUUGCAAGUUCAAAAAAUGUAUCAUAUGUGGUUGAGAGGAACUCCUAUGACUAAUACUACUCUCAGUUUAUGCAACGGCAAAAAUCCAAAAAAAUCGAGUAAAGUUAACGAAGGUGGCGAACAGUCGGACGUCAGAACCAUUUAGCAAAUGGUUUUCAUGUUUCAUCCGUGAAUUCACUCAUUCACCUUUAUACCCGUCUAGGUAUUAAGGCAUUAUUUGUGCUGUCAGUAGGCCAAAUCCGUCUGAGUAAAUGAUGUAUCUCAAAGGGCCUGCGUAAGGCACGCGCUUCGAGCGCAUUUGUUGAAUUCGCAAUUAAUCAAAAACGUAUGUGUUUAGAACUCGCUUACGAUGUCCGCAGAUUGGUGGGUACGUUUACAAGGAUGGAGAAUUGGGGCUUUGAGUGUUUCUUAAACUACAGCGUCGAUGAAUACGUGACAGUCCGUGAAUCCAAGAUUUUGGUAUCUUCCAAGACAAACCUGCGUUCUUUCAUUAUGAAUUGCUUACUAAAUGCAUGAAUUAGAUCCGUCCUCGCCGCUGUUCUAAAUUCUUCACGCGGACGUCUAUACCCAUCUUCUGCAUUAACCAAACAUCAUUUGCUCUGAGGGAGCACUGCUGUAUUUGCUUAAAUACAUAAAGCGAUUCAUUUAUUGGUAGAUUAUCUGAAAGAUCCGUCGUUUGCUUCAGCCAGUUCCUUUAGGCAUUUAAAGAAUCACAGCACACCAGGGAAAACCAAAGAUCUGUCAAGAAAAUUAUCUAACGUCUGCCAGACUCCCGAUUCUUCAUAACUAUUGCUGGCCUUCUACGUCAUUUGGUCUGUUUGCGUGGGUGAAGGGUCGAUAGGCGCCACAAACAAAUGCAUGAAACACUUGAAUGCUUAUUUCUGAAUUAUUUGUUGUUCCAAAACGUGUUCAAGCGCUUCCGGGAGUUAUAGAAAUCGCACGUAUGUGGCCCUAACUUCUCGAUAUGUAACAGGCUCCAAAAGUACAGGACCUAUGUCCGCUUUCGUUUAUUUACCUUCUAGCUAUUCCAGUCUCCUCUGGAGUCUUCAAACACAAACACUUCCGUAAAAUACUUAGUGAUCUUUGAUCUUAGUUGAUCUGUGAGCCCUUGGUGGUGAAUCUGAAAUAUCAGACCCUAGCAUGAGAUUUUGUUUUCUGAUGAAUCAAUGAGCCCGACUGAUGAACCAUAAUCUGCAGACAGAACCUAUUAAAGAGAUAUCGCAAAAAGAACGAACGGCAGAUGUCAGAGUCAGUUCAGUUUUGGAAAGUUUAUCCUCCAACAGCUGAAAAAGUUAUUUUAGACGGCUUCUAAACAUCCACACCUACAUUCAUUUUCUCUGGCAGUCUGGCACGGUGGUAUCUUGAGUCGUCUCGUUAAUCAUGUUCCAGAAAUUUUCCGCAUCCUCUAUCCUGUCUCCAUUUUCAACAAAACAUUAAAGGGCGUAUCAUUUUAGGGUAAGAAAUCGCUUUGAACAAUAAUUGGACACUGAUACCUGCAGCAGGUGGCUGAUGUCAGGUGUAUGGGCGGUUUUUCUGCAUUUAUUGACUGCGCAGUUGGGGUCAAAUGAGGAAAUAUCUCCGUAUUUCUGCCUUAUUUCUACGUUUAUCUUUACCUUAUUUUAUGCCGUCAAUGAAAUAAGAGUCUCAUUAUGCAUUGAAACGUCGAGCGUUAAGAAGGUCAAAGAAAUCCUGGAUAACUGAGGCGUUUUAGAUUUUGUGUGACAAAAGAUACAUAAAACACAACAUUUGCUCAUGGGUCACCGUUUUCGGGCCCUCGCCCUUGCGACAGACAACCUCUCUGCGUUUUGAUACAGUUGUCUGCAGAUGGACACCAUAUACACACUUUAACGUCGUCCCAUACCUCGCUUGGUCGGCCAUGAAUACUUGUAAGCCACCGGUCAAGGACUCCUAUGCUAAUGACUGCUGUGUCCUUGAACUGCCAGUGUUCAUUUUCCCACCUUCAUUAAUGACACCAAAAGAAAUGAACGGAGUCCAUUUAGGCGGGAAUUUGAUUCAAGCAAAAUGCUACUGUUGUGCUGUCACCUGCUAUGACUUUUGAACUUAUUAGAUUUGAGGGUGUGGUUCUUUGUUGAAGCAUUCGUGUACCGUUCUCGCCCAUGAACUCAAACACGAGGUGUGGUCUUUCCAUGCUGAGAAAACUAAGACCGGGAGUUUGCUUCGGUAAUGUCCAGCAUCUUAUGCUACGAGUACUCUAUACUCUUCCAACAUGCGGCAAAAGAUACUUAACAUUUCAUGCAACGCCGCAGUGUCUACGCGCCGGACUCGUGUUCGGGUACGAUAGUGUGGGAGGGUAGCUGACGGCUGCCAAGGGGAAUCCAGUGAUGCGGAGUGUUUGGCGGCCUUAAUUUCCUCCUGAAGACGUCCGCGUCUCCUUACUUAUACUUGCAGCUGCCCAUUUAAGUUGUCCAAGAAUCCACUUGAUCUUACAACCCAUUGAAGUUGGUGUAGUUAAUCAGCUAUGACUCCUGCAAACUUCUGUAUCUCUCCACGAGUUGAUAUGGUGUCCUUAUCAAAACGAAUUGUUGUUAAUCUAGAUGACUGCUGUCUGAGCUCAGAGUUUACCUGAUGAAUUUCGCAUUCCCCAAUUACUUUGCUAGGAGUCGGUGAUUUUUUGGUUAAUAUGAAACGCUUCUCCUCCAAAGUUUUGCUUAGGAACGCUAGUGGAUUUGCACUAUUUGUAUUCUAAACUAGUAAAACAUUUGAAUUUUCCCCUUUUAAGUCCCAUUUAAGCACUGACACUGACCAUGCAAUUUCUAGAGUUGCAUUGGAGUUUUAUGAGUAUCCAAAACAGUUUAAGCUGGCUUACUUUUAUCCAUUAAUCAUUUCACGUUGUGCUCCCUUUUACAGUUAGAUGUCUAUUUUCUUUGCGUUAACAGUGAUCAUACCGGCGAUUAUGCAGACAGCUGCCGCCUACCUCUGGGUGGGUCAGUGCCAAAGACAACUGCUGAUGGAUAACCUUGGCCAACGCAGUCAGGCCGGCUUAUCGCGAAACAGUGUGCCCACCUCGAUGCGCAAACGCGGCGUCACCGAAAUGACCCGAACCCUCUUUCUUUACCGUCUUAUGGCAUGCACAGCAUCCCUCCUUGUGCUUGUCUUCUCCACGCUGCCACAGCUGGUGUUGGUGGUUGCAAAAACCCCUGAGGACAAGAGCAUUGAUCGACUGUGGGGUUGGUGCCAUUCGCUGGUCUACUUCGAUCACGCUACUCGCUGUUUUGCAACCUACCUCAUCGUUGUGCCUUUUGCCAUUUUCUUCUGGGAUUUCUUCUUCUCCGAGGUCGUCCCCAUGCGCCAUCUCGUGGUAAAACAGAUCUUUCGAAUGAUUGUUAUCUCUACCAUCCCAAUCGCUCUCUUCUCCCUCGUUGCCGCUAUUCCUUUGCUGAUCUUCCGUUAUGUCAAGGGAUUCGAUGGCGACGAUGCAGUCUGUUAUCCCCUCUCUGAAGGCACAAGCUAUUUUCUGGCCUUUGAUUUUGCUGUCACGCGUGUUCUUCCGGCUGUCAUUAUUGUGAGCGUUGGUUUGGCUUUCCUCCUGUGGUUACCGCGCAGGGAUUACGGUGUUCUCUACGAGCCUAUGACAUUUCUCCUCCUUCUCGUGCCAGUGGUUUUAAUGGAGUCGACAAUCUACAUUUUCUACCGCCUGGGCAAAAUCCAUCUGCUUAUCAAUAAACAUUUUGCCAAUAUCCUUCACAUUUCCUACGCCAUCUACCACAUGUCCUUCAGUAGCACAUUCGUCCUGGCCACGCUGCGGGCCGUUGUCGCUGAAAUACGAGAAGAACGUCGAAGACGGGCGCAGUUACUUCUUGGUGAGACUUCGAAGACCGAAGACCGUCAGAAAAAACGUCGAAACAAUGUCAUUGAGGGCCUUCAGAGGCAGUUCUCUGUCGCAUUUCGUUGGCGUUCGGAGUGCGCAGAGGAUGAAUUGCACCUAGAAGACCACAUCAAGAGCCGUAAACCGAGUGCUGAAUUGUCCAAAGGAGAGGUCAUGCUACUGGAGACCGGAGAGGUAGAUUCAGAGGAACCUCCUGACGACGUAACCCUGCACUAUUCUAUCCUGCGCCGAUCUGCGACAAUCAAAUCAGCCCAGGGUGGGACACCAACAAGCCCGAUACUGCAGAGCUCGCGUGCUCAACAGGCAAGGAGAAAUCAGCCUCGGCCAGACGCCAACAGUAAUCCUCUUGCUGUAUUCGAACAACCCCCACAUUCACCAAGAUCUAAUCGCAACCGUCACAGGACAACACCUCACGGAACUCCUCGACUUCAGAGUAGGGAAAUUGUAGAUAGAAUGGGCAAUAUUCAGAGACAAGGCACUUCGGCGGAUCAGUACUUGCUGCCGUCGUCACCCAAAUUACGCUAA